AUGGCUAUGGCAAUGCCGCAGGGUAAUGCCAUCUUUCCUCGCUCGCAUGUUGGCUUCGAUUCAAUUACCCAGCAGAUAGAGAAGAAGUUGCUUAAGAGAGGUUUCCAAUUCAAUGUCAUCUGUGUUGGGCAAUCUGGACUCGGAAAGUCUACCCUCAUCAAUACCAUCUUCGCUUCCCAUCUGCUGGAAUCCAAAGGCCGUUUGCGCCCAGACGAGCCAAUUCGUUCUACCACUGAAAUUCAAACUGUCUCUCAUGUGAUUGAGGAAAACGGAGUGCGAUUGCGCCUGAACAUUGUUGAUACUCCUGGCUACGGAGAUCUGGUGAACAACGAUCGAUGCUGGGAUCCAAUUGUCAAGUACAUCAAGGACCAACACAGCGCUUAUCUCAGAAAGGAACUCACUGCGCAAAGAGAGAGAUACAUUCAAGAUACACGAGUGCACUGCUGCUUGUUCUUCAUCCAACCAUCUGGCCAUGCUCUCAAGCCAAUUGACAUUGUCGUCUUGAAGAAGCUGUCAGAUGUGGUCAAUGUGGUACCGGUGAUCGCAAAAGCCGAUUCUCUCACACUGGAAGAACGCCGAGCAUUCAAAGAGCGCAUCAAGGAGGAGUUUGCCUUCCACAACCUCAAGAUGUACCCCUACGACAACGAGGAGCUAGAUGACGAGGAGAGGGCUACCAACGCCACCAUCAAGGACAUUAUCCCAUUUGCGAUUGUCGGCAGCGAGAAGUCGAUCAUUGUUAAUGGCAAGCAGGUCAGAGGCCGACAAAACAAAUGGGGUAUCAUCAAUGUCGAAGAUGAAAACCACUGCGAGUUUGUUUAUCUUCGAAAUUUCUUGACCCGGACCCAUCUUCAGGAUCUGAUCGAAACAACAAGCCAGAUUCACUAUGAGACGUUCCGUGCGAAGCAAUUGUUGGCUCUCAAGGAAAGCAGCGCAGCAAGCGGCAUGGCUGGAAGCAGGCCCAUCAGUCCCGCCGCAGAUCGGGAGUUGAGCAGAAGCUCCCAGCGCAUGACAAUGAAUGGCUACUAA